AUGGCCACUUACUAUGAUCUUCGCCGAGUCCAAGGUCUUUGUUCAUGCAAUCGCAGUGCGCCUCUAUCUCAACUCUAUUUUUGUCGACAUUGCUAUGACGUUCGUUGCGGAAACUGUGUAUCCCAUGAAGUUGAUUCCCAUUACUGCCCAAAUUGUCUUGAAAAUAUGACCAGCGCGGAGGCAAAAAUGCGAAAACAUCGUUGUGGCAAUUGCUUUGAGUGCCCAAGUUGUGGUCACACUUUGUCCACUCGUGGAACUCUCGCUUUAGCUCCUGCAUCUGGUAUUACUUCAAGCACAUCUCCAGGGGAGGCACCGAUGACUCCUCAAAAGACAUACUAUCUUCACUGUGCAUUUUGUCGUUGGACUACUCGUGAAAGCGGAAUUCCAGAUCAAAAAUCACCUGGUGGUUGGCAGGAGAAGCCUAAUCUUUUCGCUGAAAGGAUUGAAAAGCUCAUAAAUGAGUAUGGCGAAUUCGCAAAGAAGGAGAAAAACGAGAAAGAGCGUAGCAAAUACAAGAAACGGAAGUAUAUCCUCUCCGUGGAGAGAUUUCCCGUUCUAACGCCCCGUUUUCGCAGACGAUAUUCAAACUGGGGUUCCUAUGGAAGGGAUACAAAUCCCAGUGUGGAUAUUAAAAUCUCAUCUGCGGAGGCUGCACCCGUAACAGAAAGCUUCAAUGUUGACGAUUUGGUUAGCAAACCGUUUGUCUUUGAGAAAGUAACUUCUAUUCAUCAACGCCAUAUGUCCCCAUGGCUCCAACCCACGGAAACCCUCUCUUUGGAGCCUCGUCACAAAGCUCUCGCGGUGAAGCGUUCACUUCGUUGCAAAAAAUGCGAGCAUACUCUGAGCAAAGCCGAUUUCAAUCCCUCUUUCAUAAAGUUUCGCAUUAAUCUCAGUGCCCUCUACCACCUAAUUGACCUGCAUUUCUCACUGCCACCAAGUGUAAUUGAACCAUCAGUGUCAUCGGAUCAACCGCUCCGACGUGUCACCCCUAUGCCUCUGCCUACAGUCACAUUUGACAGUGUUCCGCCCUCUCGUGAACUCAAAAUCAAGAGUUUGUCGGUUGAGAAACCGAUCAAUGUGAUACUAGUGUUAUCUAAUCCCGCGCAUCGCAUAACUACCGUGAAAUUGAGGCAACUGACUCCAGAGGAAGAGACUGAGAAACUGAAGGAGUUUUUCAUUAAAACUGGAUCCUCGUCACCUACUUAUUCAACCGUCAAGCUUGAUCUUCCAACAACUGGAAUCACGAUUGCUGCGAAGAGUGAUGUAAGCGAAUACAAUGAUUUGGUAACUGGCCAGACGACUAAUGAAUUUCAGGAUGACGACCCCAAAUUGAUCGCCUAUCGACAUGGACAUCGUGUAGGGAUUAAUGUUGGCCUGCGUUUGUUAGCUAAAACAGAGGGCAGUCAACCGUUGCGUGCAGCCAUUCAAAUGAACUUUGAUUAUCUGAACACAACUGCCUCAAUAGCAGAUACGCGGACGUCCACAAUGAAUGCAGUUCUUGCAGCCGCAGCUCCUGGGAUGAUUUUAAGAGAUAAUGCAGCGACGACGAAGAAAAAGAGUGUGGAGGAGGAAAGUGGUAAUCAGGGUGGGGAUUACAGAGAUGUUGGAGUCCUCUAUCUUAUGGAUUUUGGUACAGAAUGCUGA